AUGCUUGUCAAGAGCCGCCGGAUGACCCCAGAUACGAUAGUGUUUGAUCUGGAAAAUAGCGUGGCGGAGCAUCGUAAGGGCACAGCGCAGGGCAUGGUAUUGCAGGCUCUGCAGGCAGCGCCCUCCGAGGGCCCCGAAUUGGCAGUGCGCAUAAAUGCCCCAUCGACACGCCGCGAUGUGGCAGAGAGUGACUUGGAUAUUGUAUUGCAAAGCCAUCGUGUGCAGGCCGUGCUCCUGCCGAAAGUCGAGCAGGUCGAGGACAUUGAAAUGGUCGCAUCGUGUGCGGCUCGCACAGGCUCAUACAGUGCGACAUCGCCUCUCAAUAUGAUUGUCUCGAUUGAGAGUGCUGCAUCCCUGCUGCACAUACCGACGCUCAUUGAAAAGGCAAAGGACCGCUUGGCUUCAUACGACCAUGUGGCGCGCAUUGUCGCCUUGUUGUUUGCCAGUGAGGACUACUGUGCAGCUACAGGUGUGCGACGUACCCGUGAUCGUCGUGGCCUGCUCUUUCCCCGCUCACAGCUCGUGACGAUCGCGAAAGCGUACCAACUGCAAGCGAUCGAUAUGGUAUGCAUAGAAUACAAAGACGAAGCCUAUCUACAUGAAGAAUGCGAGGAAGGCGCAAUGCUCGGCUUCGAUGGCAAGCAGGCGAUUCAUCCUGCUCAGCUGGAUGUAAUGCGACGGGCCUUCUCGCCCUCCGAACAGGACAUUGCGUUAGCGCAAGCGAUUUGGGACGCCUACAAGCAGGGCGUGGCACAGAACAAAGGCGCUGUUGGCCUGACGCACAACGGCCGUGAUGUGAUGAUCGAUGCUCCCAUGCUCCUUCAGUCUAAGCGUACAUUGCGCCAAGCAGGCAUUGAACUAGUCGAGUAG